CGGCACCAUCCCUCUGCUGAGGCUGCAGCGUAUGAGUGGUCCAUGAGAAAUGUGCCUGCCCAGCGCAAACAAGCCGUAGCCAGGGUCAUCGUCAGCGAUCGAAUUGUUAGGCGCUACAAGUGAGACUGUCGGCCACGUUGGCAUGCGAUUGCCGCAAGCUCCAAUUUACGGUCGCCCAACAGCGGGGGAAUGUGUUCAUCUUUGCACUGAUUGGUUGCAGCAGACACCGUCGAGGCAGGUGUGACAGUGCUGGGGUGUUAACAAGGUAGGUCAUGCCCAAGUUUCAGGAUGUGCGCCUUGCGGAGGGUAAGCCUGCUCACGCUUGCAUCACGCUGUACAAUCGUUUCAUGAAGAUCAGAAAGCACUGUAUUUCGACGCGUUCGCCUGCCUUGGUGCCCAGGAUUCGCCACUAUUGCCACACCUUGGAAUGGUAAACUCCUCCGGUUACGU